AUGAAUCUUGGAUCUCUAGGUCAAACUGGUGGGAAUCCAGCACCAUCAGGAGAGGGAAAUGUUGGAAAUGAUGAUAGUGGAGGAGGUGGUAAUACAGGGGUAAUAGUUGCUGGAGUCCUGGUACCAAUCAUCCUCAUAGCUGUGGCUGCUGUUCUCCUGCUGGUUGUGUUCCUGGUCUGGAGGAGGAGGAGAGGGUCCAAGGACCCACGCUACAGUCGGUCCUCUCCAGCCAGACCUCCUCCUCCCUCUACCAAGAAGACUCCGCCCCCAGUGGCCUCCAGUAACGCCCUCCCUCCCCCGGUCCAGUACUCCAAGUCAGAGGAGAGCGUUCAGUACAGACACAACUCCAGCCACAGAGCCAAUGGGAAAGCUCCAGUGAUAGUGGAUUUCCCAGAUGACGCUCAAUACGUCCAGGAGGGAGAGGGAGUAAUGUUCAGGGUUGGGGUAACUGGAGUACCCCACCCCAAACUGACGUGGUACCACGACGGAGUAGAGGUGGUGCCGGAUUACUCCAGGGAGCUGGCGGAGGACGGGACUCUGUCAAUGCCUUCUGCUGAGACCAACCACAGUGGAGUCUACCAGCUGGUGGCCCAUAACCCAGGAGGGAGGGCAGAGAGAGAGGUGAGGCUGACAGUGGCUGCAGAAGGAGAGACACCGCCGGUCUCAGGACGACCUCCCGUGACCCUGGCACCUGUCCUCGUCACCAAGCUGGCCGACCAUGUGGAGAAGAACCACAGCAGGGGCAACAAGGGCUUCUCUGAUGAGUAUCAGUCUCUGUAUGACGGAGAAGGCAAGACAAUUGCCAUUGCCACCAACUCUGAAAACAGGCUCAAGAACAGAUUUGGGAACAUCUGUGUCUAUGAUGACCACAGAGUGAUACUCAAGCCUCUACCAGGCCAUCGUGACUGCCAGUCAGACUACAUCAAUGCCAGCUAUGUUGGUGGGUUCUCCAAAGCAGGCAGAUUCCUGUCCACUCAAGGUCUGUCACAAGAGAGAUCUCCGUCCAUCGUCAUGAUCACCAACCUGGAGGAGGGGGGAAAGAUAAAGUGCCAGCGAUACUGGCCAGAGACUGGGAGGUGUGGCUUCGGACCGUUCACGGUGACCCUGACUGAUGAGCAGAUAUUUGCAGAUUACACCAUCAGGAAACUGGAACUUCAGCUGGAUUCAGAGCGUCCACUGAAGGUGAUUCAGUUCCACUUCACAGCCUGGCCUGACCACGGAGUCCCCGACUAUGCCACGCCCAUCCUGGCCUUCCACAGGAGAGUGAUGAAGGAACACAGAGCUAAAAAGGGACCUCUUAUGGUCCACUGCAGUGCUGGAGUGGGUAGGACAGGGACAUUCAUCACCAUAGACCAUGUUCUGGAGCAGCUUGGCAAGGAGAAUGUGGUGGAUAUUCCUGGAGUCAUCAACAAGAUCCGCCACCAGAGGAUGAAGCUGGUCCAGACUGUGGACCAAUACGUCUUCAUUCAUGACGCAGUCCUGGAGUCAGUGACAUGUGGAGACACUCAGAUUGAAGCCUCCAGUCUGAGAGUGGCAAUGAGGAAGUUGAAGGAAAAGUCCCUGCAAGGAGGAAGUCCACUCCAGCAGCAAUUCUCUAUCCUGGAGAAGGUGAGCCCCAAUCCAAGAGAGGUGAAGGCAGUAGCUGCUCACAGCAACUCCAAGAAGAACCGCUCCAUGGAAUUCCCCCCAGUGGACAGAUGGAGGGUAGUGCUGAAGGGAGAGACACCUGACUACAUCAGUGCUUCCAAUGUUCAUGGCUACAAGCAGCAGAGAGCCUUCAUCAUAGCUCAGAGUCCCAUGCAGUCCACUGCCAGAGAUUUCUGGAAGAUGGUCUAUGACAGGAAGUGUGGAGUGUUGGUGAUGCUGUGUGACCUGGUGGAGACUGGGAAGGAGACAUGCUACCAGUACUGGCCUUCCAGUGGCUCCAUCACAGUUGGAGAGUUCACUGUGGACCUGAUCCAGGAAGAAAGGCUCUCUGGAUUCACUCUCAGAAACCUCUCCAUCGUCAACAACAAGGGGCAAAUUUUCCCAGAGUUAGUUGUCACAGAGGACCAAGAGUUCGACUGGACAGCGACAGCAGCGGAGGUUGCUGAUGGUGGAGCAGAUCAAGUUCCCAAGGUGCCUCCCCACAAUGUGAAGGUGGAGCGGAUCAACGGGACAGCAAUGAUGGUGUCAUUUGGCAGACUGAGUCUGGUCGAGGCCAGGAGAGUCAACAUCUACUACUUCAUCUCCUACUCCCCCUCUGGAGGGGCGAGGAAGAGGCAGGAGGGAGGGAGGGAGGGUCCUGUGGAGGGAAAUACAACAGUUGUGACUGGCCUUGACCCCAGCACCGGGUACGACGUGUCUGUCUUCACUGCCACUGAUGAACAGGGGAACAACCAGCAGACUCCCUCAGAUAAAAUGACUGCUCCUCGUCCACGAACUUCUGAACCACCAGGUGGUGGUAAUGCAGGAGCCAUCAUUGGUGGAAUAGUGACAGCUCUGUUGGUGGGCAUCAUUGUAGUGGCCGUCAUUAUAGUGGUCCUCUGGAUAAAGAGAGCAAGGGAUAGAGAUAGGCUCCAGCUGUUCCCCAAGAACAAGAGGGACCUGUAUGCCACGCCCUCUGCCGGGAGCGAGAUGGUGACACUACGCAGCACGUCUCCCCACGAGAGUGACGAGGCCAGGAAGAAGGAGAUAGAGGCCAGUAAUGAGGUGGAGAGCUUUUCCCCCGUCCCUGUCCCACAGACUGUCGUGGCUGAUCGUUUGAAGCCCAUCUCCGUGGACAGUUUCAGAGACCAUGUCAACAAGAUGCAUGAGGAGAGAGACAAGGGAUUCGAGGCAGAGUACCAGUCUCUGGGGUCUGAGCCGCUGGCCUCACACGAGGUGGCCAAGAGACAACACAACAGGGUCAAGAAUCGCUUUGCAAACAUCUUUCCCUACGAUGAGUCUCGUGUCAAGUUGGGAGAGAUUCCUGGAGAGGAAGGCUCUGACUACAUCAAUGCCUGUUGGAUGGACGGCUACAACCGGUCCAGAGUCUACAUUGCUGCUCAAGGUCCAAUGCCCAACACCAUAGCUGACUUCUGGAGGAUGAUCUGGGAGUACAAGAUCCAGCACAUUGUAAUACUCACCAAAUGUCUGGAGGCCGGGAGGCGCAAGUGUGAGCAGUACUGGGCAGACAACAUUGGAGACGUGUUUGAGACUCAGGACAAGAAGAUGGAGAUCACCACCACCAGCUCCAUGCCUUUCGCUGACUUUGAGAUCAGAACAUUCAAUGCCAAGAACACUACAGAACCUGACGAGAAGCCUCUGGCACUGACUCAGUACACUUCCCUCCUGGCCGAUCACGGAGUCCCCAAGUUUGCCACGUCUCUCAUCUCCUUCAUCCGGAGGGUCCAGAAGGCCCACAACAAGGAGGACGGAGUGCCUCUCCUGGUCCACUGCAGUGCAGGGGUGGGCUGGACCGUGACCUCUGUCAAGAUUCAGAGGCUCUCCAAGGUCAUUCCUGGCAAGGGGGUCACUGGGUUCAGGAGCAAUUCCAGGAGAGGGUCCAAGGACCCACGCUACAGGCGGUCCUCUCCACCCAGACCUCCUCCUCCCUCUACCAAGAAGACUCCGCCCCCAGUGGCCUCCAGUAACGCCCUCCCUCCCCCGGUCCAGUACUCCAAGUCAGAGGAGAGCGUUCAGUACAGACACAACUCCAGCCACAGAGCCAAUGGGAAAGCUCCAGUGAUAGUGGAUUUCCCAGAUGACGCUCAAUACGUCCAGGAGGGAGAGGGAGUAAUGUUCAGGGUUGGGGUAACUGGAGUACCCCACCCCAAACUGAUCUGGUACCACAACGGAGUAGAGGUGGUGCCGGAUUACUCCAGGGAGCUGGCGGAGGACGGGACUCUGUCAAUGCCUUCUGCUGAGACCAACCACAGUGGAGUGUACCAGCUGGUGGCCCAUAACCCAGGAGGGAGGGCAGAGAGAGAGGUGAGGCUGACAGUGGCUGCAGAAGGAGAGACACCGCCGGUCUCAGGACGACCUCCCGUGACCCUGGCACCUGUCCUCGUCACCAAGCUGGCCGACCAUGUGGAGAAGAACCACAGCAGGGGAAACAAGGGCUUCUCUGAUGAGUAUCAGUCUCUGUAUGACGGAGAAGGCAAGACAAUUGCCAUCGCCACCAACUCUGAAAACAGGCUCAAGAACAGAUUUGGGAACAUCUGUGUCUAUGACGACCACAGAGUGAUACUCAAGCCUCUACCAGGCCAUCCUGACUGCCAGUCAGACUACAUCAAUGCCAGCUAUGUUGGUGAGAGAGCCCCAUCCAUCGUCAUGAUCACCAACCUGGAGGAGGGAGGCAAGAUAAAGUGCCAGCGAUACUGGCCAGAGACUGGGAGGUGUGGCUUCGGACCGUUCACAGUGACCCUGACUGAUGAGCAGAUAUUUGCAGAUUACACCAUCAGGAAACUGGAACUUCAGCUGGAUUCAGAGCGUCCACUGAAGGUGAUUCAGUUCCACUUCACAGCCUGGCCUGACCACGGAGUGCCCGACUAUGCCACACCCAUCCUGACCUUCCACAGGAGAGUGAUGAAGGAACACAGAGCUAAAAAGGGACCUCUUAUGGUCCACUGCAGUGCUGGAGUGGGUAGGACAGGGACAUUCAUCACCAUAGACCAUGUUCUGGAGCAGCUUGGCAAGGAGAAUGUGGUGGACAUUUCUGGAGUCAUCAACAAGAUACGCCACCAGAGGAUGAAGCUGGUCCAGACUGUGGACCAAUACGUCUUCAUUCAUGACGCAGUCCUGGAGUCAGUGACAUGUGGAGACACUCAGAUUGAAGCCUCAAGUCUGAGAGUGGCAAUGAGGAAGUUGAAGGAAAAGUCCCUGCAGGGAGGAAGUCCACUCCAGCAACAAUUCUCUAUCCUGGAGAAGGUGAGCCCCAAUCCUAGAGAGGGCUACAAGCAGCAGAGAGCCUUCAUCAUAGCUCAGAGUCCCAUGCAGUCCACUGCCAGAGAUUUCUGGAAGAUGGUCUAUGACAGGAAGUGUGGAGUGGUGGUGAUGCUGUGUGACCUGGUGGAGAGUGGGAAGGAGACAUGCUACCAGUACUGGCCUUCCAGUGGCUCCCUCACAGUUGGAGAGUUCACUGUGGACCUGAUCCAGGAAGAAAGGCUCUCUGGAUUCACUCUCAGAAACCUCUCCAUCGUCAACAACAAGACCAAUGAAGUACAGCAGGUGAAUCAGUUCCACAUAUUGAACUGGGCCCCAGACGGGAGCUGCUCCAGCGUCAAGACCAUCACUGAUGUCAUCGAUGACGUCGUUAAAGUUCAGAUCCGAACUGGCAACAAACCUAUCUUGAUACAUUGCAGUGAUACAGUGAGCAGGUCGGGGAUGUUCUGUGCCAUAGCCACCACCAUUGAGAGGUGUAAGACAGAGGGAGUGGUGGAUGUGUUCCAGGUGGUCAAGGCUCUCCGUGUACAGAAACCUGGAGCUGUACGCACUGUGGGACAGUAUGAAACUGUUUUUGAUGCAGUUCUUGUGUUUUUGGACUCUUUUGAAACAUACUCGAAUUUUGGUCAAUAAUCAUGUUUGUUGAUUAUGAUUACGUCAUUUCCGCGCUGCAAGCUGCACACACUGACCCUAGCUCGAUGAUAUGUAUGGCGGUUGUCUAGACCACUAAAAGACAGGUAGCUAGAGGCUAAGCAGUGAUCGAGUGUUUGUGCUCGGCGGCGGAUAGUACAGUAACAGAGGAGGUGUCGAGUGCAGAGGACCAAGAGUUCGACUGGACAGCGGCAGCAGCGGAGGUUGCUGAUGAUGGUGCAGAUCAAGAUGAUGGUGUCGUUGUUACUGACUCUUCUCCUCUGGUCUCUGGUGGAGGUCCACUCUCAGAGCGUUCCUCGUCUCUCCUUCAUGGACCAGACUCUGGCCAACAAUUCCUAUGUGGACAUCAGUGAAGUGGGGAGACCUGAAGAUGGUGGUGUAGGUGUUCAGUGUAUCACUGACCUGGAGUCAUGUUGUGCUAGUGAUCAGGGUAUCCAUCGUGGAGACUGGUAUUUCCCUGAUGGAACUAGACUGCCAUUCUCUGGAGGUGGUGAUAUCUUUGAGUCUCGUGAAGCUCAGAGAGUUGACAUACGUCGUAGGGACAAUGCUAACUCACAAGUUGGUAUCUAUCGCUGUGAUAUUCCAACUCUUGCUGUCCAUGAUAAUAAUGACAUCUCACUGAGAGACACAGUCUAUGUGGGACUGUAUACUGCCAGUGGAGGAGACAUCUCAAUAUCUGGAGGAGUGAUAUUUGACCCUAGCCAGCUGACCCUCACCUGUAUCUCCAUUGGUGGACCUGCUACCACUGUCACUUGGACCAGAAACAAUGUCAAUAUCACUGGAGAGCAAAACAAGACUGUGUUGAAUGACCCAGUGACUGCACAGUACACCCACACUCUGACUGUGACACUGCAGGAGAGUACACUGUACUGUGGCUAACAACAAGCCAUCCUCAGCUUUAUCAGCUAGCACCACUGUACCAG